CUCAAUGGUGGGAUUCUUAUGGAGAUGAAUGUCCAGAAUUACAAAGGUUUGCAAUCCGAGUUCUAAGCUUGACUUGUACUUCAUCUGGAUGUGAGCGUAAUUGGAGUGCAUUUGAAAUGGUUCAUACAAAACGAAGAAAUCGUUUGCACCAGAGAAAAAUGAAUGACUUGGUAUUUGUAAUGUGUAAUUUGAAAUUGAAUAAUAAUCAAGUCAAAAAGCAAGCGGAUGAUUUUGGUGUAGAAGAUGAUCUUUCAUCUGAUGAUGAUUGGAUAACCGAGGGAGAAAAACAUUCAAACAUUGAUUUGCUUGGUGCUAUUGACAAUGCAACACGAAGAAAAAAUGGUAAUGAAGAUGAAAGUGAUGAAGAAGAAAUUCCUAAUGAUGCUGAAAUAGAGAGUCAUGGUACUGAAGAUGAUUUGGAUAUUCAAAUUGAUGAUAUUGGUGUUGGUACUAGUAGUAGCACUAAUGCUCAUAAUAUUGGUGUUGGUACUAGUAGUGACACUAAUAAUCCUCUUGAUGCUAAUGAUAUCGAUGAAUGUAUGAGGAAUAAUGAGGAAGAUGAAGGCAAUGAAGCUGGUUUUAGUUUACAUGACACACCAGCAGAUUAUUUGUUUUAAGUUUGUUAAUUAUUAGCUAAU